UCUGAUUCUCAGUAGUCUGAGGCCUGCUUAGAAGCUCGCGAACCACUCCACUACCCCCAUCCAGACGACACAGCUCAACCAUUUUGUUCUUCCGUCAUUCCUUCGCGACAACUGUCGUUCCCCUCUAAACUUUACAUACUUUCUCGCACUAUCCCUCACGGAGGACUGAUUGAAGCUGUUUGGCUAGCUGUAUCGAUUUGAUUUGAUUAUAUCUUAUAUUUUGUAUCGCUAGGUGCCGUUUUGGCCUGUUUUGGGAACGCAGCUUAUUAACAAACGUAUCAAUGUCGACAAAAGCCCAGUUCCACCCGAGGCUUGUGAGGCAUCCGCCCUUUUCGGUGGAAGCUCCUGGCUAUGAGCCUGUCAAAGGCGAGACAAUUCCCCGUCGCAAUGCCCGGGCGAGGGAUCAACUCGUCAGUCGCCCUGAAGAGGGCGUUGCGACCAUCUAUGAUCUCAUCAAGCGCAGCGCCGAGAAGUUCGGCAACGCCAAGGCCAUCGGGUCCCGGAAAAUAAUCAAGACGCAUAAAGAAAAGAAGAAUAUUAAGAAAAUGGUUGAUGGAAAGGAACAAGAAGUAGAAAAGGAAUGGAGCUACUUUGAGCUCAGCGGCUACGAGUACAAGAGUUUCAUCGAGUAUGAGAAGCUCACUGCUCAAAUUGGUUCUGGCUUCAGGAAGCUUGGGCUGUCUUCUACCCAAGACAAGGUUCAAAUCUUUGCGGCUACAAGCGCCCAGUGGCUUGCCACAGCACAUGGUUCCGUUACUCAGUCGAUUCCCAUUGUAACUGCUUACGACACGCUCGGUGAGGAAGGUCUUACUCAUUCCCUCAUUGAGACCAAUGCAACCGCCAUUUUCCUCGACCCGCAUCUGCUUCCGAAGCUUAUCAACCCGUUGAAGGAAGCAAAGGACGUCAAGUAUGUCAUUUACAAUUCCGAUGGUGAUGUCAAGCAAGGUGACAUCGACAAGCUCAAGCAAGAGCACGACUAUCUCACCGUCCUGAGCUUUGAGGAGCUGCGGCAGUUGGGCGAAAGCAACCCUGUUGACCCUGUUCCUCCACAACCCGAGGACUUAUGCUGCGUCAUGUACACCUCUGGCUCAACCGGAAAGCCCAAGGGCGUUCCUCUGAAGCACAGAAACGUCAUCGCUGCCAUCGCCGGUGUGAAUGUUAUUGUCGGACCCCACAUCGGCCCUGGCGAUGCCUUGCUUACUUACCUACCCCUCGCCCACAUUCUUGAAUUCGUAUUCGAAAACUCUUGUCUGUACUGGGGCGGGGUUAUGGGUUACGGAAACCCUAGGACUCUCACAGAUGCCUCUGUGCGCAACUGCAAGGGUGACAUUCGUGAAUUCAGACCUACCAUUCUCGUGGGCGUUCCGGCCGUGUGGGAGUCGGUCAAAAAGGGAGUUAUUGCCAAAGUAAACCAAGGUAGCGCCAUUACAAAGAAUCUGUUCUGGGGCGCCCUGGCGGCAAAGGGCUUCUUGAUGUCCACAGGGCUACCGGGUUCCGGGAUUCUCGAUACCGUUGUAUUCAAGAAGGUCAAGGAAGCUACAGGCGGGAGAUUGCGCAUUUGUCUGAGCGGAGGUGGCCCGAUCGCUCGUGACACCCAGCGCUUCAUCUCAAUGGCCAUCUCCCCAUUGAUCAUUGGUUACGGUCUUACAGAAACUAAUGCUAUGGGUGCUCUCAUGGAUCCCUUGGCGUGGUCUGAUAACGCCCUGGGUGAGCCGCCUGCUUGCGUUGAAGUCAAGCUGGUCGAUUUCCCCGACGCUGGAUAUUUUGCCACAAACAACCCGCCACAGGGUGAGAUUUGGAUUCGUGGUCCUAGCGUCACGGAAGGCUACGUGAACAAUCCGAAGGAGACGGAAGAUUCAAUCACAUCUGAUGGUUGGUUCAAGACCGGUGAUAUUGGCGAGUUUGACCACAAUGGCCAUUUGAGAAUCGUCGAUCGGAAGAAGAACCUCGUAAAGACCCUUAACGGAGAGUACAUUGCUCUGGAAAAGCUCGAGUCCCUGUACCGCGCCAAUAGCGUUGUCGCCAACAUCUGCGUUUAUGCUGCGCAGGACAAAUCUAAGCCGAUUGCGAUCAUUGUGCCCAACGAGGCUGCUCUCAAGUCAAUAGCGUCUGACCAUGGGAUCCAGGGCCAUGGCCUUGAGGAUCUGUCCCACAACGAGAAACUCCAGGGCAUCGUGCUCAAGGAGCUGCAGGCCGCAGGAAGGAAGGGCGGUCUCUCUGGAAUCGAGAUCAUUGACGGAGUCGUUCUCGUCGACGAGGAAUGGACACCUCAAAACAAUCUUGUCACAUCGGCGCAAAAGUUGAACCGACGAGGCAUCCUCGAUAGAUACAAGAAGCUCAUUGACCAAGCUUAUGCCAAAGCCGGCCAGUAAAGUUGUGAGACUCUUCUUGGAUGUUUUGAGUCUCCGGACUUGCUCACGUCAGUCUGUCACGUCAGCCUGCGAAACCGCAAAGGAUAGUCAUUUGGUCACGAAGGUUGGCUUGGAAACGGCUUGUCUGAGUUUGGGAAUGAAAUCAGUCUAGAUAGUUGAUCUGUGGUAUGGCACGAUGGAACGGCUGCACUUUUCCAAGGCUAUGAUUGUGUUU